AUGGCCAAAUGGCUGAACAAGUACUUUAGCCUGGGCAACAACAAGACCAAGAGCCCUCCGCAGCCGCCCCGGCCGGACUAUCGGGACAAGCGGAACGGAACGGCGGGAGCGGGCGGCGGAGGGCAUCACAACCACAACCACCAUCACCACCACCACCACCACCACCACACGUCGCCGUGCUUCCCACGCCACGACACCAGCGACCUGCUUCGCGCCUACCGCGCGCAGAAGGAACGCGACUUCGAGGACCCUUACAGCGGGCCGGGCUCGUCGCUGCGCAAACUAAGGGCGCUCUGCCGCGCCGAGUAUUGCGCGCCCGAGGAGCUGCUGGUCGAGGGCGCCGCGGUCGCCUCCGCCCCCACCCCCUCGGUGGCCUCCGCUUCGCCUCAGCCCUUCCGCAGUCACAGCGAGCGCCGAGCCGCCACCCCGCCCGACUCCGCGGCGGUCAAGUACAUUUCCCCCAAGCACCGGCUAAUCAAAAUAGAGAGCAAUGAAGGUUGUAAGGGCGGCAGCGGCGUUCCCAUCACCUGGAGCCCGCCGGGAAUUGGCGGAGCCGGGCAGAAGAAGCUCAACAAGUGUGGCGAACAAGUGGAGGGCGGCGGUGGCGGUGGCGGCGUCUCCUGCGCCAAGAAGGAAAAAGUUUUAAUAGCGGAUGACUACUCUGAUCCUUUUGACGCCAAGAGUGAAGUCAACAAAACGGGCAAAGGAGAAAACACUGGCUAUAUGGAACCAUAUGAAGCUCAGAGGAUCAUGACAGAGUUACAGAGGCAAGACAAUGUGAAGCCCCAGCAAAAAGACAUCCAACUCUAUGACACACCUUAUGAACCUGAAGGCAACGGUGUGGAAUCAGAUUCAGAAAGUGCUGUGAGUCAGCGCUUAAGAGAGAGCAAGUUGCCACAAGAUGACGACAGGCCUGCAGAUGAGUAUGACCAGCCGUGGGAAUGGAAUAAGGUCACCAUUCCUGCCUUAGCAGCCCAGUUCAACGGGGGAGAAAUAAGGCAAUCUUCACCUUCUCCAUCUUCAAGUGAUCGGCGCCGACAGCUUCGGGCACCAGGGGGAGGUUUCAAACCCAUCAAACACGGUAGCCCAGAAUUCUGUGGAAUCCUGGGGGAGAGAGUGGAUCCAACUAUUCCGCUGGAAAAACAGAUAUGGUAUCAUGGAGCAAUCAGUCGGACAGAUGCAGAAAACCUCUUGCGCUUGUGUAAAGAAUGUAGCUAUCUGGUGAGGAAUAGUCAAACAAGCAAGCAUGACUAUUCGCUUUCAUUAAAGAGUAACCAAGGGUUUAUGCACAUGAAGUUGGCAAAAACCAAAGAGAAGUAUAUUUUGGGUCAGAACAGUCCUCCGUUUGACAGUGUGCCAGAGGUUAUUCACUACUACACCACAAAAAAACUUCCUAUCAAGGGAGCCGAACAUUUGUCACUCCUGUACCCUGUUGCUGUCCGGACCUUAUAAUUGUUCUGCCCGCGCUCCUUCCUGUGGAUUGGAGAUGAAGGAUGCAGCAGCGGAAGGAUCCCUCCAUCGGCUUCUGCAGCAUUUCUUGGAAGCAGAUAACCCCUUCGGCCUUUCCGGAAACAGACUGUUGUACAGUAGUAUGAGUGGAAUUGUUGCACUACUUUGCAUGUCCCGUGUGGAAAUGUUGGCUUCUAUUUAUACGAGAGAAAAUGGACUCAGGCGUAAAAGAAACGCAUCCUUUUCCAGGAAUCCCAACCCAUACUCCCAGGAAUGGAAAUCUUGCCAAACCCAAAGAAAGCCCUUCGAAACUUUCUGCCUGUGACCAACAACUUGCUCCCCUCCCAGCUGUGUUUGGGGAGAGAAUAACGGACAUUCAGACCAAACCUGCAAACGGACACGCACUCUUCUGGGAGUGGAGUGGGGGCGAAGAGAAAACCAGCUUUGCUACACCCUCCAGGCUUGGGAACUAGGUAUUACACACUCAACCCCAAAUUUGCGUCGUUGUUUUCAUGCGCAAAUUAACCCAACACGAAGACCCCCCCCUCUUUUUUUGUCAUAAUGAGGAUGUCAUUUUAAAGAUCUCAAUGAGUAAUUUUGCAAUGGCAGAAAGUGUUUGGUUAUUUAUGAAUAGGGUAUGUACUUAAAUAGUGGUUUAAUAUAUAUACAUAUAUAUAUAUAUUUUUAUUCCCCUCUCCUUUUUUGGGGAGGGGGGUACAACAAUAAAGCUCUAAGGUUUUUUGUGCCGAUUCCUAGAUUAAAGGCGGUGACUCAGUUCUGUUUUUUGUUGUGUAUGUACAAUGUAAGUGGUGAUGGUUCAGUGAUUUCCCAUGGAAGGUCAGGGUGAUGAGGGUUGAUGUUUACAUGACCAUAUUUCAGACCUAGUGACCCUUCCACAGGACAGGCUUCCUCCUGUUGAUAAUGGCUUCUGUGUGAAGAGUGGCCCCACCUCAGGGAUAUGGGGAAAACCCAUGAGUACCUUUUUCUUCUCUUCUCUUUUUUCUUUUCUUUUCUUUUCUUUUCUUUUCUUUUCUUCUCUUUUCUUUUUUGUUUGUUUCUCAAGAUUCAUAAUGAGACAAGUAGCAAAAUUUAAAUCAGGCCUACUUUCUCCCCCCCCCCCCCCCCCACACACACAAAUAUUUUGUCAUGCACAGAAAUAGGAGUAGUUACUGUACUCCACACAUCCUGUCACUUUCUUCAUAACCAUUGGAAUAAUUGCAUCAAAAGCUCCUAUCCUUCACACUGUCACUACACUUGGCUUCUACCUCAUUUAUAAAGUAUAGGCCCGUCUCUCAUCUUCUGCCAGGUCUGGCAUGUAUUCUUUUUGCCUCAUAAAACCUAUUUAAUUGGCAGCCUCUUGAUGUGUUUCUCCUUCUUCCACACCAAUGGCAGAUACAACUUACCAGGGCAUGAUUUUUUCUCUUUGCAGCAUCCAGUGAACUGGAUUUAAGGUAGGGAGAAGCACAUCAUACAGGUGUCAGGUCUGCCUCAAGCAGCCCCAGUUUACUAAAUUUGUUAAAAUACUGAGCCCAAUCGUCUGCAUCACUCUUGUUUAUAGCACGACACAUUUCUACAUUGGUGAUCUAAGUCAAGAUUCAAACUUGCGGUUUUCACUGUGUCUUUGUUGCAAUAAGACUGUAAAAUUAACAUUUUAACUAGACUGCCUUUGAAAAAUACCACUCCCUUUCAUUCAUAUGCUGGUUUAGAAGUAUAAUGGAAUAAUUGUUACUCCAGUGACUGUGUAAAAUACUGCUUUGUUGUACUAUACAAUGUGAAAAAAGUCCUCAGAUGAUCUGGUUUAUAAAUAGUAUCUUUAUUGCCUGGUUCAUUUUAGUCCCAUAUAGACCAUUUUUCAGUAUGGUAUUAAUGACAGAUUUACCUGUUGGAGGACAAUGAAAUAAAUCUCUGUAAAAUGCGUGUUGAAUUGGCUGCCACUAUUGUAACAAGAAUGUUCAGAAUAAUUUUGCAUGCCAAGUGUCCCUGUUGCUGUUGGUUUUUUAACAGAUACUGUGGGAUUUUCUCCCUAAAUGAAGUAAAAAAAAAAAAAAACAUUUUUAAAUGAAACAAAACAAAACCAAAACAGUUGAAUUCCUUCUUUAUUUUCUUCACAGCUUUUCCCCCAUAGAAUGCAUCCUUGCUCCAGAUAACUUCUAGAAUCCCCAAGGUUAGCUACAAUUUAAUAUCUCUUUAAAACAUGUAAACAAUUACAGCACAAUUGGUUCACUUAAGGUACAUUCAGCCACUGUUGGAAGUAUUUUCAUAGCCACGUUGUCAAUCUGUUGUAGAGCACAGGCUAAAUUUUGUAAAGCCCCUGAAUUCUGUGAAGAAGUUGGUGUCCAUAUACCACUCUCUGCCAGAGUACUUAAUUGUUGUGGGGGCUGUUUGUUCCUGGGCUGCUGAAAUAUCAGCAGGAGUAAGACAAGUUUUUACCCUGCCAAUAAGAUGAGAACACUCUGGUGUCCCUUUUCCAGCCACAACAGAAUAAAUCAGUUUAUUGAAGGCAUUUGUAUGCCACAAGAUGUAAUACCAAUCUCCAACAUGACUUCAGAUAAACAUUCUUCCCACUAGAAGAACUUAGAAAGCAUCAACUACUAUUCAGGAAUACCAUUAGCAGUUCUUAGGUUUGGAAUCCACUGUGCACUAACUAAGCACUUGAUACCAGGAGUAAAAGAACUUUUGAUUUUCAGACAUUGAGUUAUAGGGGAUUUACUUCAGCUUUCUCAUUUACCGUGUCUCAUUUAAGUCUUUUCUUUAUGUAAAAUUCAUUUGCCACAUCUGAACUUACCUCCUGCGGGAAUCUAUUUUAGCCUAGCCACUUACUGUGGAGAACAACAUUUCCAGUUCCUCAUGACUGUGUAAUGAUAUAGCUGUGUAAGUAUACUGUGCCACCUGAAUCACAAAAAAAAUUGAAUUGGCCCAAAGGCAAGAGGAAUCCAUGGGUGAUAACACUUGCUCCAAAACUACGACUUCUUCCAUCAUAUGCAGAUUAUCUCAUUCUUAAAUCUUUUCUUUCGAUUUUUGUGAUACACUGUCAUCUUUGACAGUCAUUUUUUUUUUUUUAUUCUGAGAAAAUAUGGACACCUGGAACUGCUAGAAAAAGCAGGUUCACCACAUGUUUCUUGGAAGUCAAUACUGGCCACUUGCAGGAGGUUAUCCAAACUGAGUUGUCUUCUCCCUCUCAAGAGAGAUUCCCCCUUUCUGAAUGUGGAACCUUCAUCUAGACUUGUCUCAUCCCUAUUUUGAAUCACUUCCCAAUACUCUAGGCCACUGUUGUCCAAA